CCCUUAUGAUAUGUGAACGGCAUGGUGAAAGAUCGCGAGGAAGAGUGAGUAGUUGGUCUGACUGCAGCGCGAUGUAAGUAAGAGUGAAUGCCAUGUGGCAGGAGCUGGACUUUGAGGGCUACAUACAAGUGAUUGGGCUUGGUCGCUGUCUAGUGGGAAUUGAUGACGAUGUUGUUGAUGAUGAUGUUUAUCGGUGGUGGAGGGUUGAGGACCCCAAGCACAAUAUCCGCCAAGGGUAUCAAAGCAUCACACCACCUUGCAGUGCAGAGGACAUCGAGUUGAUAUAUGUGGCCGUGGCGUGGUUCUUGAAUGGCCAUGGAGCAACGGCCGACCUGUCUGGCCGCCAUAAACAUGUUCGGUUUGCUUUGCGUGCCAAGUGCGAAGACGCAUCACCACUUACUAGUCGAACCUCAUCAGACAGUCGGGUUCAGUCGACGGGCGAUAGAAUUCCUCAGGACUCGCUGAGCUUCCAUACUGCCCUUGGAAACGCUGGCAUAACGGAGCGCUGGGACAAUGCCGUGUGUUACGGCUGGAUGGUUCCAGCAACUGUCGUCACGCGCGACGGCAGCUGGACUCCCGGCCCGCGCACAAGUCCAAUCAUGUGUCCCGUGGAAGGUAUCGCGGCAUUUGGAAAGCUCGGCAGAAUUGGCUGA